AGAAUGGCCGAAAACCGUGCUGGACGCUGUUGCAGUGACCAAAGAGAUGGGACUGCAGUACAUCUGGGUCGACAGGCUGUGCAUCAACCACACCGACGCUGACUAGACGGCGUACUUGAUUUCGAGAAUGACGACCAUCUACGAAGAAGCAGAUCUCACUAUAGUAGCUGCUGCUGGCUCAGGGGCUGCGCAUGGUCUGCUGGGCAUCCGUUCGACCCCUCGUACACCGCAUCCAAAUACACGCUCAAACAGCGGGAGCCUUCUACUUUCCCCUCUCCGCGACCCUCGUUACGACAUUCUUGAGUCGGACUAUUGGACCCGCGGUUGGACCUAUAAAGAAGGGGGUGCUUUCCAACCGUCGGCUGGUUUCCACCCGGAUGCAGAUUUACUGGGAGUGUCGAAACAUGGCAGCCCAAGAGACCAUGGCCAUUCCCCUCCUCCAUAAACCUUCGGACGGGGAGGAUUCAGACGAAGUAGUCAUGGCGGACUUCAUGAUCAUGGGCAUGUUCAAGGGCGAUGCCUACAUCGGUGGCUUCCUGAGUGACAGUCGCGGGGUUGUCAUCAUGGGCGAGGACGACUACCGUAUUGACUACGGAUUCCCUCGGUACCUCGAAGCGACUACCCGCGCUCAGCUGCGUGGGCUCAACGAGCACAUCCACGCAUAUCAGCGCGUGGCACCACCGCACCGGCCAUCACGGUGCGUUCGUCUCGGAAUCCUGCCGCCGGAGGACGCAUCUGCCGUCAUGGUCAUGGGCUGGGUGGACCGGCGCGCGCUGCCGUAUACAACGAGCAUUGCGCGCAGAUGGCAGAUUUCAUCGAGCUGCCCCCUCAGCAGCGGGACACGGAGCGACGUCAAUUGCUCUGGGCCGCGGGUGCGUAUCUGUACUCGCCGGGCCAGCGUGCAGGCGCCAUCAGGCUUCAACAUCCCUCAUUCGGCCAUCGUCUCAGGCUGA